AAUGUGACCCUUUGGUGUUAGCGAACCCCUAGGCUAGGACCUUACUUCCCACGUUUGUUGCUGCCCACUCGCUCACAGAGCCAUUCCCCGUGGGACCGAGCCCGUUCAUCCCAGUACCACUGAUGCGGGGCGGGAGAGGCAGAACAGGCUCCCCAAGAAGCUGCCCUUGGCUCUGGACCGGUCCCCGCAGACCAGCGCUUUCCCGGCCCGCCGCUCUAGUUUCGUUUCCCGCUGGCUCCUCCUCCGCCGCCCUCCGCCCCCCUCCGAGCUGCCACCGGCCCCGGCUCCCGGCUCCUGGCUCCUGCUCCCGGCUCCAGGCCUGGCGAUGCUGCGGCGCUGCGCCCCGGGGUCGCCGGGCCCCGGGCCCCUCCGCCAAGCCCUGCCACCCUCGGCCACCGCCCUCCGCCACCGCCUGCGCCAGUAUGCAGAGAGGAUCCCAGAGGCUGAAGCAGUACUCGACCUGCUGGAGGAAUGUCCGGAGCACCAAAAAAAGGGCGAUUUUCCCGUCAUAGUUUUUGAGGGGCUGGAUGCCACUGGCAAAACCACUGUGACCGAGGCUGUUAAGGACAACCUGAAUGGCAUUCUGCUAAGGUCCCCACCACCUUGCAUCAGCCAGUGGAGGACUGUAUUUGAUGAUGAACCAACACCCAUUAAAAGAGCAUUUUAUGCUGCGGGCAACUACAUUCUCGCUUCAGAAAUAGCGAAAGCAUCCACUCAGGCACCUGUGAUCAUAGACAGAUACUGGCACAGCACAGCUGCCUACACAAUUGCCACUGAAACAAAUGGGAAAGUGAAGGAUCUUCCACCAGCUCACGAUGAAGUGUACCAGUGGCCUGAGGAUCUGCUUAAACCUGACCUUGUUCUUCUCUUGACUGUUGACCCUGAGGAACGAGUCCAGAGACUUCAGCGUCGGGGGCUGGAGAAAACAAAGGAGGAAGCUGAGUUGGAAGCUAACAGCUUGUUUCGCCAAAGAGUUGAAGAGUCAUACAGAAGGAUGGUGAACCCUGCAUGCCAAGUGGUUGAUGCCAGCCCCUCCAAGGAAGAGGUUCUCAAGACAGUGCUGCAACUAAUUAACAAACACUUUGCUUUGUGAAAACAACUUCUGUGUAACAGCACUUAAAAGAGACUUUUUAUUGCCCCACUGGUUUUGGUACCCGAAAAUGCACAAUGAUGUGUUUUUUUCUCACAGAAAUACUGAAUAUUACUUUAUUCUGAAUACUGUUUUAUUCUGUCAACAGUAAUCUAUGCAGGUUGUCUGUUUUGUGGUUGCUACUAUACCUUUCUGUAUAAGGCAAAACACUACUCACAUGUCAUUCAGCAUUCUUAGUAAAGACACAAACAUACUACAGUCAUGUGUGAAGUACCUCAGAGUGAUCUCUGACACCAUGACAUUUUAAGACGGUAUCGUGUUGCAUCUUCAUCACCAGGAGAACCCGUUCAGACAAUGCAGUGGCCCAGUGUUGUUUGCUGGAAUAGAGGAUGAGCAGCUGCUGCUGUAAUGGGCAUCCUGGAAAAAACGUGUCAUAAGCGAGCACCAGUGAACAUCCAGGGCUCUUAGUAAUAACAUCCAAGCCUGUCUACAUAUGCAACUGAAAUAUCAAUUAAUUUCAGGGGGAAACCAGGGAAGAUUGGCAAAUUAGAAACAGAGACCUGAGAAGAACCUGAAAUUGAAAACAUUUUACAAAUGCUAAAAUAUUUUUUACAAAACUUUUUCUGUAUUCUACUAAUAUUUGUUAUGUGAACCUGUGUUCUUUUGAGAGAAUGCAAAAUGGAAAACUGCAGAGAAUCUGAGCAAUGGGGAUGAUUGAACCUUUUCACUUUAGUUUUUCUUUCUUGUAUGGGUGUUUGCACUUGUUGAAUGUGAAAGCAGGCUACCAUCAGACUUCAGCUCUGCAAAGACUUGGUUUUUAUGUAAAUUAGUUACACUAUUAUUACUCCUAAGUGUAAAACUAAGAAUAUGGAUAAGCCUUUGUGGGGUCAGAAAUUAAUGCAGUUCCAGAAAAAAGCAUAACUAAAUUGUAAAUUUGAUUUAAAACUAUUUUUACUUACUUUCCUGUGUUAAGCAAGUGCAGUUAUCAAUGAAUCUAUCUGCUAAAUAAAAAUGUACUCAGUACUCAGUUCCUAUAUCUGAUCUGCAUAUACAAGGUAAUAGAAAGAAAAACUUCUAAAAAUACAUUUUUUCAUGCACUACUUAAUGUUUUUGAAUAUACGUUAUUAAUAUAAUACAUUUAUACAUACUAGUAA